AUGCCUAGGCCACAGUCGCCGCUCUCGGAGUCGCUGCCCCCGUUGAUCUUCGGAACCGCCACUUUUAACUAUCAGUAUAAUCUCGACCCUUAUGCCCUAGGGCCAACACCCCUGGUCCAGAAGGCUCUUGCUCUGGGAGUGCGUGCUUUCGACACUUCUCCAUACUAUGGCCCAGCCGAAGAAAUCCUCGGGGCCGCUCUCGACACUGAUCUAGUUCGGAAAUACUAUCCACGAGAGAGUUUUUUCAUUCUCACCAAAGUCGGCCGUGUCGCCUCAGAUGCCUUCGACUAUUCGCCGGAAUGGGUACGGAAGAGUGUACAGCGCAGUUGUAUGCGAUUGAAAACCUCUUAUCUUGAUGUUGUAUACUGCCAUGACUGUGAGUUUGUCUCACCACGGGAGGUCCUUGGUGCAGUCCGCGAGCUUCGGCGCAUCCGAGACGAAGAGGGCACUCUCAAAUACGUCGGCAUUUCGGGAUAUCCUGUGCAUGUCCUUUGUGAGCUGGCCGAAAUGAUCCUCCGCGAGACCGGGGAGCCUCUUGAUAUCGUCCAGUCAUAUGCCAACUUCACUCUGCAAAACACUCGUCUCCUCACCGAGGGACUCCAGCGACUUGUCAACGCUGGUGUCGACAUUGUGCCGAAUGCCAGCCCUCUCGGCAUGGGUUUGCUGAGAAGGAACGGGACCCCUUUGGGAGCCAUGGGUAACUGGCAUCCUGCCCCAGAUGGUCUUCGUCAAGCUUGCAUUGAUGCUGCCAAAUGGGCGGAUUCUCAGGGUGAGAAGCUCGAAGUGGUCGCAGUUCGUUUUGCACUCGAAAAUUGGCUGCGUGAAGGUGCCAAAGUGGGAGCUCUAGGAGACCCACUCGGCGGCAAUGAGGCGACCUAUGGUCACGUACUCAGCCUCCCCAACGAAAAGCUUGGAGUGUCUGUCAUGGGAGUCAGCAAGAUUGAGGAACUCGACGAGACAAUGCGAAUCUGGAGAAGUGUCCUCGAUGGCCUUGCGGACGAUCUUGAUGCUGAACCGGGAACCAUCACCCCUUCAGACGCUGUCACUGAUCAUGAAUGGUCCCUAUGGCGGCGACAGAACAUUCGUGUCCUUGCAAAAGGAAUACGCACAGUGAUUAGCCAGCCAUGGGUCGAUUAUACCUGGCCAUCACCUGAUCCUGGUUUCGUGAAUCGGUUGUCGACGACAAUAACUCACGUGCCUCAGUCGCCCAAACUGCCUGUUGCUUCACCAGAAGGAGCAAUGCCCACACCGCCCUCGGAAGCAGCAGACGACGGACACGGCAGUGAUGUCCCUGGAUUGGCCUGUGAAGAGUGA